AAUUUUUGUACAAAUAUAUGAUAACAAUCCACUAUCCUUUCCAAAACUGAUAGGAGCAAGAGAAGUAUCAAAAUGGAAUAGAAUUGUGUUCGGCGUUGCACAAUUGGUUUGUAUAAUUCCGGUUUCAGAACGUUUCUUUUCGGACAGCGUUAGAGACAUUCCCUCGUUUUUUAAUGAAUUGAGCAGGGCCUGCUUUACAACAUCGAUUUUGCUUAAUGAAUGGGCCUUUUUCCGUAGCGGCUAUAUGGACACAGUUGGCCUUGAGGACUUCAAUAGCAUUGAUCGAGCUCUGGGUACUACGUUGAGUUCUCAAAUUGACUUCUUCUACCCGGCGUUUUUAUGUCUGGUAGCUACACAACUUUUGUCCUACCUCAGGUUUCUAAAAGCGAAUAAUUGGUUCUACAUAUUCAAUGUAGUUAUAACCUCAUUAUCUAUGGUUCAAACUGCCUUUAUGAAGCACAUGGUCUCGAAAAGAAUUAUUUGUAUCCAAGAAAAGGCAGCAGAAGAAACUCAAAAUGUUUUGGACUUAGUUCAAACAACGAGAAGAGUUCAUAACUUAAAUAAAAAAAUAAACGAAGUCUUUUCACUACGUGUGGCCAAUGCGAUAUUUAUAGGUUUCACAUUUUUUCUACACUGCCUACUGUCUCACUGGAGAGUCUACGGUCUCCACAAGGAAAUCGAGUGUUUCGAGUCUAUAUCUCCUUUUUACGCUUCUCUGUUUCAAAGCCACAUCAUCACGGAAUUGAUUUUCUUGGCUGGAAUCUCGUCAAAGAUAACGAGCACAGUGGACUCGCUGUCUUGGGACACCAACAGAAGAAUAAGUUUUGGAAAGCACUCAAUGGAACAUAGGAAAAAGAGAACCAAUGCAAACAUGUUCGCUAACGCUCAACUAAAUCCCGUGGAGUGCCAUGAACCAUCAUCGCUUCUGCAGAUCAGUGCAUACAUAGAAAUGGACCUCCAGUAA